GUGCAGAGCUCAGUCAGCUCAUCUCGUGUGUGCAUGAGUUACCUGGCUUGGCAGUUUUCUUCAGGUGAAGCUGAUCCCUGGCCCUGAGCUAAAGGGAAUGUGGAGGCACAGGCACCCUGCAGGGUGGAGUAUCCCUUUUCACCUUUGUAGCAACCAUCUGCUUGCUUCCUGGAGCUUUGUGAUGAGAAAGGGAAGAGAAACAAAGAGAAGAAAAGGAGUGGUUUUAAACAGAUUAAGUGAAGACACAGAUUGUAUUUAGACAUUUUUUUCAGUUUGCACAUCUGCAGCCUAGCCUCAGUGAUGAGGAAAGCUGUCUUUGGUUUGUGGGAGUAAAGGAGCAAGGAACUGAGGCAGGAAAGAGACAUAAAACCCAAAACCUUUCGUUGGAGAAUUGAGAGUGUUUCAGGGAGACUGGAGAAGUCGACCUGGAGAAGAAAAUAUGAAUGAGGUGAAUUUCUAGUCCUGGGGAGAGAAAGAGAUCUGAUAACGGGAGAAAGCAACUAGUGGUGCUUUGCUGGAAGGCAGGAUAAGCAGUGAAGAAAUGGGUGAGAUGGGGUGAGAAGUUUGAACUGGUAGUAUAGAAUGGUAAAGAAGGUGAGGGAACUGCAGUUUAACACCUGUGUCCAGGUAAAGUAAUUUCCUGUUACCUGAGUGCUUCUUUUCUGCAUCUCACCUUCAAAGUAGGAACAGGAGAAAAGCAUUGCAAAUUGUGGUAUGAGUGUUUAUAGUCAGGAAAGGUCUGAGUAUGUUCCUGCUGCUUUCAGUCUGUUGUGUGGUAGUGUUAAUAAUUGGUGUUUAUUAUAAACAAGAUAGUAAAAGUGUUUAUUAUAAAGAAGAUUACUGAAAAUCUAUACUAUCUCAAGCAUAUGCCCAGUCACAAACUCCUUGGGUAAUUACACUCCCCUCAGUAAGCAUUCAUGCAAGGAACUUGGAGCAGGAAUAUCUGCUGCUCUGCUUAGGUAGGAGGGUAUGAGAAGGGAUGUCCUAGAAGAGGACGGAACAGAAGGCAGUAUAAAGCUGCCAAGGAAACCCAAAGUUGAGACCCGUUGUGUUUCCACAUGCCAGUAUGAAGCUGGAGGUAGCAAACUGAACCUGUGCUGUGACCUAAUGCAGGCUUGAGAUUUGUGACCUGUGGCUGAAAUCUUUGCUUCUUAGGCAGCUUUGCUGAGAGGGUGUGACACUGAGAAGGUGAGACAGUAGAGUGAGGAGAGAUCCAUGGUGCUUAUGUUUUUAUGGAGGCUGGGAUGAGAAAAGGCAGAAGGAAGAAAGCACAUGCCUUAAGGCAGCAGACUGCUCCUGCUGCUUCAUUUUACUUGCAGUAGCGGCUGAGCAGGCUCUUCUGUACUAAAUGUCCCACUGUGUGUGGAAAAAUAGACUUAAUUAUUUCAGUGGGCUUUGGAAGAUAAGAUAAAGCAAGCUGCUGAGAGUGCUUGUCUCUACUGCUGCAGCUUCUGGUUUUUGCCCAGAAGAAGGGCAAAAGGAUAUUGAGAAAAUUAAGGUGUCCAGGAAAAGUUACUAUGAGGAGGGCUAUGGACUGGGAUAAACUCUUGAAGAGGUAGAGACAGACCUAACAGGACCUUACUUAGAACUGGACCAUGCAGAAUGGCUGGAGGAGCAGCAGUAAAGAAAGAAAAGGAGAUAUUUGAUGCUGGUGACUACUUUGGAAUAAUGCAAGUAGAAGAGGUGGAGGAGGAAGAAGUUGAUGAAGAAAUGGAAGAACAUUUUAAAAAGAAACCAAAUCCUGGAAAUGGACCUUGUUUCAAAGUUAUUGUAACAAAUGAGAAUGGACUUCAAGCCUCCAAUCCCAAUAGCGUGUUCCUGAUCGACCACGCCUGGACCUACCGCGUGGAGCACGCGCGGCACCAGCUGCGCCACGUGCCCGGGCUGCUGCACAGGAUGGCCAGCCUCAUGGGCAUCCCCUUCCACGGGGAGCUCCCGGACGAGGGCAGCAUCGAGCUGGUGCUGCAGGAAAUGUGGAAGUACAGCCAGACCUACCAGCUCUCUCAAGGGACUGCAGAGGAGAAGGUUCCUGUGUGGUACAUCAUGGAUGAAUUUGGAUCACGCAUUCAGCAUUCAGACCAGCCAAGUUUUGCAGCAGCACCUUUGUUUUAUAUGCCUCAGCAAAUUGCUUACACAGUUCUCUGGCCUUUGAGAGACCUUGAAACUGGUGAUGAAGUCACUCGUGAUUAUGCUUAUGGGGAGAUGGAUCGCCUGAUUAGGAAGUGUGUUUUGUUACCCUGGGUGCCUACUGAAGUGUUGGACGUCAGCUCUUCUACUCCAGAGCCACCAGAUGAGCAUUACCAGGCAAUUUUAGCAGAAAACAAGGAAAAACUUCCUGUAGCGAUAAAUCCACCAGUUUAUGCCAAAGACAAAAUUUUCAAGGUUUUCACAGACAUUCAGCAAGUCCUCAACAACCUGACACAUCCCCGUUUUGUAUUCACAGACAAUGAGGGAGAAGCAGACAUCCUCUACAACUUCUCACACUUCAAAGAUUAUAGGAAACUAAGUGAGGAGAGGCCUGAGGUAAUGGUGAAUCAGUUCCCGUGUGAGAACCUCCUGACUGUCAAAGACUGCCUGGCAUCCAUUGCUAGACGAGCUGGAGGACCAGAUGGGCCCACGUGGUUGCCUCGUACUUUUAACCUCCAGACAGAAUUGCCUCAGUUCAUCAGCUGCUUCCAGCAACGUGACAGAAGAGGAGAAGAUAAUCACUGGAUAUGCAAACCAUGGAACCUAGCCAGAAGCCUGGAUACCCACAUCACCAACAACCUGAACAGUAUCAUCAGGCACAGGGAAAGCAGCCCAAAGGUGGUGUGCAAAUACAUCGAGGAGCCGGUGCUGUUUGAGCGCGAGGACGUGGGGCUGGUGAAGUUCGACGUGCGCUACGUGGUGCUGCUGUGCUCUGCGCGGCCCCUGCGGCUCUACAGCUACGAUGUGUUCUGGCUGCGCUUUUCCAACAGGGCGUUUUCGCUUGAUGACUUGGAUGACUACGAGAAGCAUUUCACCGUCAUGAAUUACGCUCCUGGUGUGACAUUGAAACAGGUGCACUGUGAAGACUUUAUUCCUCUGUUUGAAAAACAAUAUCCUGAAUAUCCUUGGGCAACAGUACAAGCAAGUAUUUUUAAGGCAUUUGCUGAAUUGUUCCAAGUUGCUACAUCUAAACCUGCCCCUCUUGGCAUCUGUGAUUAUCCAUCUUCAAGAGCAAUAUAUGCCAUUGACUUGAUGCUUAAGUGGGACACCAGCAGAGAUGGGAAAAGAAUUAUGCAGCCUCAGAUCUUGGAGGUAAACUUUAAUCCUGACUGUGACAGAGCCUGCAAAUACCACCCUACCUUUUUUAAUGAUGUCUUCAGUACCCUAUUUCUGGAUGAAGCAGACAACUGCCAUGUGACACGCAUUGUCUAACCACAGGAGAUUUGACUCCAUCAAUUUCCUUGUCAUAUAUGCUUAACAGCAGGAUUUAUAUUUCAGUUCUAUGAGCUGCUGAUGCAACUGUUUUCCUGUACUGAUCACCAGGGGAAAAAAAUAUUGUAUCGGAAGAAUAUGCCGUAUACUGUAUUGGUAAUCCCUUUGUCUGCAUUGUCCUCGUCUUGCUUUUGUUCUUUCUGUAAAACAUUGUUGUGUGUUGACAAAGUGUCUUGUUUAUUGAAUAUUGGAGACCUCAGAGUAGGACUUGUUUUUCAGGUAGCCUGAUCGCUUGCUUGCUGGGAAACAUUGCACAAGUUCCUUGUGUCAACAUUAAAACUAUAAUUUACUGAAUCAUA